UUCAACAUGGCGGACGAAAUUGAAGUUCGGAUGCCAUUGAAACUUGUUGUCUUUGGUGGAUCUGGGUUAACAGGCAAGGAAGUGGUGACUCAGGCACUAGAUCGUGGCCAUCAUGUUACAGCGAUAGUUAGAUCUCCGGAGAAAAUACAAGAACGGCAUCCCAACUUAGAGCUAGUUAGAGGCGAUGCUUGUGAAUUGGAGAGUUUUUCUGCAGCACUGGAGGGGAAGGAUGCUGUAAUUUCUUGUCUAGGAGUUUUUGCAAGUAUCUUCAACCCAACAACUUUUUACUCAGAGUCCAUGUUUGCCAUUUUGGAAGGAAUGAAAAGGAAUGGAGUGAAAAGACUUGCAGUAAUGACAGCAUGGUGCACUCAGCCAGGCCCAAACAAUCGUUGGCUGGCAGAUUGGAUAGUCAACCCCCUGUUCCUGAGUGGAAUGAUAAAAGACAUGACCACUAUGGAGAAAAUGAUCGAGAAAACUAACCCACAGGAGUUGAACUACACAAUAAUCAGACCUUGUGGAUUAACUAAUGGUAAACGCACUGGAAUGUAUAAAGUCGAAGAGGGACAAUGUAACACAGGCACAAACAUAUGGAUGUGUCGGGCAGAUGUGGCGGAAUUCAUGCUAAAAGUUUUGGACAGUAGCGAGUACGACAGAAGAGGAUUCGCUUUGGGCGGGUUAUAGAAGAGCAGAUGGAUAACCAAGCAAUGUAUCCCGGUAGCUCUAAUGUAAAGAUGCAUCUACAUUAUGUGCCAUAUUGAUAUGUCACGUCAAUUUAUUAGACACGAGAUCUUUUAGGCCAAUUUUUUUUUUAUAAGGGCAGAAGUCUGCGCUAAUAUGGAUGAUUGCAAACUCUGCAACAACAAAACCAACAACGAUAGCGACAUAUUUGUUCUUUUACAUAUUUUCAUGAAAAUUUGAAGUCAGCCUGCACUUAGCGAGGAUAGUUAAAGUGCAACCUACACAAAAAGUGUAACCUACACAAAAAAUCAUAGAACUCAAGACAACACUGCAAAUAUCAUGAUAAAUAGAUUUAUGAAAAAAUUUGCAGGGUAAAUGUUACAAAGAUGUCGAUUACAGAAAUUUGUCAAUGAAUUAAAAGUAUUAGUCGAUAAUAAGUCGAUCACAGCGAUUGUUUUGAUCAUAACUCUCAAUUUUCGAGCCAUGUCCACGAAUCUCGUUUUAAGUUAAACUAAAAUAGAUAUAACAUGAAAUACAUGUCGGGAAGAAUUACAAUAAUGACCGCUAUAUAACGGAGAGAUCAGUUAAAGAAACGGGUACAACUAGAUACCGUGGGGAAAAUGAGCGCUGAAAAAUGAUUAACCUAAAAAAGCUAGGCGGUUAAACAGGGGGGUAUAAGUUAGACUCGUUGUAGUCAAGAGAAACGAACUGGUUGAAAAUUGUAAAUUUUGUCACUUACUAGUAAAUAUAGAUCGGAAAUACGUCGAGGCGUUUUGAGGCAAACUCUGAAGCCUCCAUGACAGAAGCGCAGGUUAAAACCCAUCUUCCACCUUAGCCUAGAGUAGUUUUUCAAGAUCCAUUGUAGACGGUGUGAUUUUGUAUGCUAUUCCAAACGGAAAGAUCACAGAAGAUCAUAAGAGACGCGUUUUACGAAAAUACACAGAGAAGGCUUUCGCCAUGCUCGAUUGUAAUUCAACAAGUUGCGGUUCAUGGCCGCGGCUUUCACCGCCACAGAUGUUUGAAAUAAGAAUUGAGUUUAUAAAAAGAAAAUUGUGUAUAAUGAAUGAUUGACUAAAGAAUUUGGUUAUGGAAAAGUGAACAAACACACAGCGUGGGAACAACUUGAUAGGUAGUCGGUUGAAUAAGCAUAAGAAUUAGAUAUGGAAUAGCUGAAGUCAGGAAUGAAACUGUAGGUGAAAAUCGGGACCAUUUGUCACUUACUCGUAACAAUUAGAUGGUACUUUUAGUCGUUUCGGCGAACUUUUAAGCCGUCCAUGACCAAAGCUGUAGAUAAAAACCGCUGGUAUAGCAUCUGGGUUAGUGGUCAAGGUCAUUAGCAAACAGUGCGUUUUUGUUUGCUGUGGUUAAACGGAAAGAUAACGGCGAAGCGGAUUUCCGAACUCUAAAAUGCUUUCUUGAUGCUUUAUCAUUAUCCUUGAGUGUCAUUUCAACAGUAGAAUGUGGGUUUUGACCACGUAAAAGUGUUCGUCCUUGAGCAACCGUCGCUUCAACAUCUUUUCCUUGAAACUUGGAUGUCUGUGAAAGAUCUGAGCGUAGGAAAUGGCUUUAAGUCAUCGCAGAAGUCUGAAGUCACGCGCAGACAGUUUGUCAUUGUUUUAUUUUUUAACUUUUAUUUUUAGUAUUUAAUUGGCACGCUUAGCUUUCUCGAAACUGAUGAAGGCUUUAGAGUCCGCUAAAACGUUUUGAAGUACCACUCAGUUAGUGCAAGUCAAUGAUGAAAAACAACUACUGUCAACUUGGAGUGUAAGUUAAUGAAGAAAGGGAGGAGGGAAGUUAGCUUCUAGAUGUGAAGAACAGGCAGUUGAUUAAAAA